AGCACCAACCUUUUAUCUCGCAGGAGAAGCAAGCAGACUUCAGUUGGACAGGCUUUAGCCCUUGUUUGCAGAAUGGAUUCACUCUUGUUCUCAGUCAUUGCAUCCUGUGUUGAAUGGGAUGUCAAAAGUCUGAUGCUCUUCAUUGUAAUUUUCAUCCUCACCACAGAUUACAUUAAGAACUGUCAACCGGACAGCUUCCCUCCAGGACCUCCGGCAAUUCCUAUUUUGGGCAACAUAUUCAAUCUGGAUUACCAAAGGGGCCAUGAGAGUAUGACACAGUUGGCAAAGAAAUAUGGAGAUGUGUACAGCAUGCGAAUGGGCCAGGCGUGGUUGGUGGUGAUAAAUGGGUUUGGGGCUGUGAAAGAAGCUCUGGUACAUCAGAAAGACAGCCUGGUGGACCGUCCACCCCUUCCACUGGUCCUUAGCCUAACCAAUGGACGAGGGUUACUUCUUAGCAGUGGGAACCCUUGGAAGCAGCAGAGGCGUUUUGCUCUUUCAACCCUCAGAAAUUUUGGACUUGGCAAGAAGGGAGCUGAACAAGUCAUCUUACAAGAAUUUACACAUUGUGCAAAAGACUUCAGUAGCUACAAAGGUAAACCAUUUGAUCCUCACCUCACCACCAACAAAGCCGUCGGCAACAUCAUCUGCUCCCUGGUUUUUGGUCAUCGCUUUGAGUACCAUAAUGAGGACUUCACAAAAAUAAUGAAGCUGUUUGGAAAAGGUCUCCGCAUUCAAGGCUCCAUCUGGGCACAGUUUUACAACGCAUUCCCUUUUGUGAUGAGAUAUUUGCCAGGGCCACAUCAGACGGUCCAGCACAUGUGGAAGGAUGCAAAGGACUUCAUAAGAGAACAGAUUAAGCAGCACAGACAGAACUGGGAUCCCUCGGACCAAAGAGACUACGUCGACUGCUACCUGAAUGAGACUGAGAUGAAUAAGGGGCAUGCUGAGGAUGAGGGUUUUGAUGGGGAAAACCUGGUCAUGUGUGUCUUUGAUCUGAUUUUGGCUGGCUCUGAGACCACAUCAAGCACCCUGCGCUGGGGAUUCCUCUACAUGGCAAAGUACCCAGAGAUCCAGGCAAAGGUCCAGGCUGAGAUAGACGAAGUGAUUGGACAGUCCAGAGAGCCCACCAUGGAAGAUCGUCAACACCUGCCCUACACUGAUGCUGUCAUCCAUGAGAUCCAGAGGAUGAGCAACAUAGUUCCUCUAAGCCUUCCUCAUUUUACCAACAAGGAGAUGCAGCUUGAUGGCUAUACAAUCCCAAAGGGAGUCACAAUAAUCCCCAAUCUGACCUCGGUGCUGUUUGACAAGAAAGAGUGGAAGACGCCCAACACCUUCAACCCAGGACACUUUCUGAACGAGGAGGGCAAGUUUGUGAAACCAGCUGCUUUCAUCCCUUUCUCUGCUGGUAAGCGGCAGUGUGCCGGGGAGAGCCUGGCAAAGAUGGAGCUUUUCCUCUUCUUCACCUCCUUCAUGCAGCACUUCACCUUCUCCAUGCCUGAUGGGGUGAAGCCUCCAAUGGACUUUUACUUUGGCAUCACUCUGCCACCACGUCAACAUGAAAUCUGCAUAAACUCACGCUUAGAGUAGCUCUGAUGAAAAACAUAUACCUAUCUAUAUACCUACAAUGAAUAUGAUUAUGAAUAUAAUCAUGCGUAUGAUUAUGAAUAUGAUCAUGAUUAUGAUUGUGAUCAUGAUUAUGUGUGACAGAGUUUAAUGAAUAUUUAGAUGACAUGUUAUUAGGUCCACUGUUUAUAUACUGCAUAUAUUUCUUUCAUGCAGUAAAACUAUGAUGUACUUUUGUUUUGUUUGAUUGUGGUUUUUUUUACUUAGUGGGUUCCAAGCCAUGAUUGUGAAACCUCUGGUUUAAUAUUUUAAAUGUUGUUAGUUAAAGGUGACAUGAGACACUUUGCCUACUCUUUGCCAUAACCAAUUCUCAUAGCACGACAGUGGACAGAUUUGAAAUGACAAAAUACCACCUUAAAUGCAGAAAUGUUGUCAUUAACUGUCAAAAUCACAAUUUCAGAACACUAAGUGCAAUUUAAUAUGCACUGACAUUAUCCAAAUGCUUCUGUUGCUUACUUUCAUUAAAGUGUAAAAUGUAUGGUGCGCCUUGGAAAUGUAUAUUAUGUUCCACUUUUUACUUCUAGUACAUGUCAGGAGGACAUUGAGGUCAAUAUACAGAACACACCUUUUAUUUUAUAUUAUCUUUGUAAUGCCCAGUUCAUUCAAGAGCAAAAUAAAGAAGGGAGCUCCACUCAGCAAACAUAUAGAUAAACCAGAAAUGUAUUCAGGAUAACUCAGCCUUAGCAAAACUAUAAUGUAUUAUGUCAGCAAUCGGUAGUGUAGUGAGGGUGUUGCAUGUGAGGAAAAGAUCUGACUCAUGAAAAGGUCACUUCAUCAAAGUUAUUUGGUUAGAUACAACUUAAUACACAUGAAACAGUAAUAUUGUGAAGUGGUAUUGUGAAGUAGACUAAAAUCCACACCUUCACCUUCCCUGUGUUAUCAUCACCCUUUCCUCCAACCCCUACAAAAUCUACUUUAUGUGUACAGUGAUCACCCCCUUAAACUUUCACUCAUUUUCCAAAUAUGUAUUUCAAAAUAUUAAUUUUGAAAUAUUUCUAGCCCUUCUGGGGCAAAAAAGUUGACAACAACCUUUACACAGUAUCACCUCAAUGUUGUUGUGGUUCAUGUUUUAGUUCAUGUUGCCUAUCAAUAGUGUAAGUCCAGCAAACGUGGAGCAAUUCAUCUAGAGUUGUGAUUCUGAAUACUGACAAUUGUCAGUCCAAUAUACACUCUCCCAUUACGGCUGUUUUGUUCUCCAACAACUCCUAAUAAACCAUCUGGCUUGCUAAA